AUGAGAAAGCUCAGCACUCGUCCACUUCCUCUUGGAGACGGAUUCUUCGACUCGUCAUCUGAUAGUUCAGAAUCUGAACUUUCAGAUAAGGACGAUGAAGAUAGAUAUUCCGACUCCACGGUUUCCACGUUAACUUCUCAAGAUCGUAGAGACACCCAAGGGUGUCAAUAUCCACGUUCUUCGGAACUUCCGAUCUCUGAAUCUCCAGCUCCACGAGCUCGACGAGCUCGUAAACAGAGAUCGAAGAGAAAGUCGGUGAAACCUCCGAACACUUCGUCUGACGACUCUUCUGAUGACUCUGAUGAUUCUUCCUCGUCCUCUUCUUCCGAUGACUCGGUGAGUUCUAAAUCAUCAACCAAUUCCAGUGACUCCUCGCCAUGCCGUUGUCGAGAUGGGCUUGCCGAGUGGGAGCAGCGUCAUGGGAGACGAUGGCAUCCGUAUGGAAGAAAUGGAACGUGGGAACCAUACCGCAAUCGUCGUCGCGGGAUCUAUGAUUGUGAGAACUCGCCGAGAGAAACUUAUUCGAAUGGAGCUUGA